AUGAGUUUGACUCCUCAAUUUUUAUCUGUAUUAGAAUGUGUUGGAAACGAACAGGCGUGGGGUUGUGCCAGGGAGAAAGCUGGAAAGAUGCUGGAUAUUUGGUCCAAAAAAGUUGAAAAUCAACAAAAAAUUUGGGAAGAGGAAGCAGAUGCUGAGAUUACCACUUCUGGGAGGUCAUUGGAUGAGAUGCCUUCGAAAGUCGGCAGAGAGAUCACAGAGUCGCUGAAUUCCUUGACCAGAACUCUUGGACGCGGUUUUGCCAGAGCCUACGAACGCAAGAAGCACGAGGACGGCGGUGGUAUUGACAGCAUCACCAUCUCCACAGGCGGAGGGCAAAAGAAAAAAAUGAAGAAGAAACAGAAACCCCCUAAGAUCCACCUCAUCCACGUUCCCAUGAGAAAAGCCCAAAAAGAAGAAAAAGGUCGCAACUUUGGCAAUGGUGUACAAUCCUGGGUUAUUGGGGAGAGGUCCUUGCCUGUGAAUUCUACUCCUUCUGUCCAUUCCAUCCCCGUAGACACUGGCAGGGGUGUAGCUGCUGAUAUGUGGUCUAUGGGGCAAAAUGCCCUUGAUGCCUUCGCUGAGCAUGUGGUGGAGAGUGAGAAUCUUGAAAAUGGUAUCCAGGACAGAAGUUCCGUAGAAGAACAAAGAGGCAAAAAGAAGAAGAAAAAGAAGGCUAUCCUAAAGCUGCUCAUUCUUGGUGCCGUGAUAAAGGCUAAAAUCGCCACUUUGCUUCAGAUCCUGACAUACAAAUUACAGGUGAAAUUCUUCAUUUUGGCGGUUAUUGGAUUAGCUGUCAACUUGGCGAGACUUAUUAUUGAGUUGAAGAAGAAACAUAAGGAAGAACCACAAAAGGUAUGA